CGGCUUGCGCCGCUCUCAAAAGCGUCUCUAUAUCCGAUCAACCCCACUUCAAGCACCACAUCGAGGUAAUCCUUCGGGUACUCGACAUAAUAAUGGUCUCUACAAUACCGAAGUAACCACAAUACCACCACAUGAGCUUACGAAUCCUUUUGUAAGAAAAGCAAAUGAUCGUCGUGGUUGUAUUGUAAAAAAAUGCUUAAAAUAUAGUAUAGACGUUGCUUGUAUUCUCACUACAAUACCCGAUGAUAAUUUCUCAAGGACUCAAGAUCAACUAACUAUUUUGAAAAACUUCGAGAUUCUUCCAACAUUUUGA